AUGCCCAAGCUAUCCUAUUUAAUACGAAAAUGCAAAGGCAAGGAUGGAGAAAAAAUCAGCGAGCAGGAGGAAGUAGACGCAUUCAGCAUCCUAAACGAAGAUAGCUGUUAUUCGUCGGACCACGUGGACAUGGAUAGUCACGUCGAAGAGGGAUGGGCAGAUGCCAUCUUGGCGGAUAACAAAAAAAAUAAACACCGGCAAGGGAGUAAGUCCAGUGGAACCAAUGGGAGUAGUGCCCAUCAAUUAUCACGUGAUCCAGACGGAAGCUCAAAGGAGGGGUGUAAAAGUGGAAAGGAAGAAACGUACAACGAAAAAGUAACUAGCAGCUCGGGGGAGGAAAUCCUGGAUAACAUUGUGCUCUCCAAAAGGGCGCACAUAUUCCACAGCCUCAAAAUAUUAUAUCCCAAGGGGGAGGAGAAAGGUGAAACUGAGGGUGGAGAGACGGGUACGAAGGGUAAAGACGACGAAAUGAUACAACUGAAUGAAGGGCUCCAGAACACAGAUGGUAACCUCCCCCCCGGUGAGGGUUGCCAAAAACAAAGUAGCAAACUUAGGAACCCACUCAAGAACACAUACAAAAAUUUCACGGUGUACGAAAAUAAAGUAAAACAAAUGGAAAAAAAAAAAAAAAAAAAAAAUGAAAAGUAUGAUAUAUUAUAUGCAAAGUGUAGGUUGUCUUCAUAUAUUGACACUCUACAAAAACAUCAACACGUCUCGGAGCUGUACAACGACAUCCUGGAAAGCAUUAACCAUUUAAACAAGCUAAAUGUAAGAGAGGCUUACCAUCACUUGAGAGAUGUGUACGUGAAAAAAUACUCCACACAGAAAGAGAUCCAGAAAAAAAAAUUCUUCGAAAAUCAGUUUGUUAGCGAAAUAUUAUAUAGAUACAAAAUUAUGAAUAAAAUAGAACUCAUAUUUAAUAUGUACGUUAAAGACACAUGGAAUGAUUUUUUCAAUUAUUCUGUUAUUUCAAAAAAAGUUUACAAAAAUUUUAUUUUUGAUUAUCUCAUUGAUCUGGUGGAUGUGAAUGGAAUGUUAUGUUUUUCCAGAUACACCAAUUGGACAAGUGGAAGCAGUGACGACAUUUCAGCCUCCCUCACGGUGCAGUCCUCCGAGGAGUUUGUCAGCGAAGCGGAAGGGGAAGAAGACCUGAAGGAUGCGAAAGACGUGGCGCGAGGAGGGAAGCCCCUUGAGAGGUGUCCUGAGAAAAGCCUAUCCGAAGGAAGCGACGGUGAAGAAGAAUACAAGCGCUGCGAAAAACGCUUUUCUAAUACACGUGAUAACCGCCGUGGUAGGCGCGCGCGGAAACGGGAGAGCAAGAGAAAGAACUCAGCGUCCAGAUACAUAGACAACAAAUACAUCGAUUACGGACACUUCCAUUUGGCCUAUGAUGAUGAGGAAGAUAACGAAGUGUUCUAUUUCGUGACGAAAAAGGAAUUCAACUCGUUCAAGAGGAUAUAUUCGAGGAAAUUGGGCGAGGGACUUUUGAGAGCGGAGGGGCAAGAGGAGGAAGACGACGAGGAGGAUACUCCCUCUGCGGAGGAAGCAAGCUCGGAUCAGUUCCAAACGGCUGAAGAGAGCGAAGAGGAUAUUGGAAAGACAAGUGACUCAAAGAGUGAACCGAAGGGCGGAUCGAGGAGGAGAACAAAUCGACAGUCUACACACAAAGAGAAAGUGAAGAAGUUUGCAAACGAAAGUAUGACGAAACGUGAGGAUGUUAACAUGGAGUCCACAAACAGCAGGAUUGAAGAAAGAGAAAGAAGUGACUUGAACACGUUCAUUUAUUUUUACGUGAAUUUGCUGAUACCCUCCAAUUUCGUCUACGUCAUUGCCGCCAUGAUUGAGAGUAACCUGUUCAAAUCGUGGAUUCCCUUCUACUCCUUCCCUUUCAAAUUCGGCAUCAGCGAAUGCAAAACAUUGAAGCAACGAGGAAUGCUGGACAAAAUUGUUUACACAAAAAUUGCCAUGCCGUGGUUAAUCAAGGACAGAUGCUUACUGAUGGACGUAUGGAUAUGCGAAGACCUCAAAUUUUCGAAAGGCAUCUUUUUAUAUGCCUCAAAUAUUCCGAAGAAUUCUGAAAAUAUGACGAACCUGGAUUUGGAUACAGACAGCUGCAUGGAAAUUGACAUGGCGAUCCACGCGUUUAUUGCACCCAGGACUUUUGACGAGACCGUCGUCAAGUGCUACGUCGAAAUAUCACCCAACAUUAAUGUGAACGAGUUUUUUAUUUCGUUCUUGACAAAGGUUUUCAUCAAGAGCUGUAUAUCCCACUUUGUGAACGCGUGUAGAAAUUUCCAAUUCAAUGAAGUGUACAAGAGUGAACUGCGUAAGAGCAACUUAUUUUACGAUCGAUUGCGGAAAGCAGCAGAGGAGUGUAAUAUAUAUGAAACAUGA